GUUGAGCUGUGCUGCUUGCUCUGCUUUGCAGUGGGGUGGCUGCUGCAAAUUCAGCCUCAUCAGCUCACAGCGGUGCAGGGGAAUCAGAAAAUGACUGCCCAGACAAUGACUGAGCCCCCCAAAUGUUGCUUCUUCAAUACCAAGACAGCAACCAUCGCUCUAGGGAUCUUCCACAUGGUUAUGAGCGUUUUGCUGCUGAUUGAGUACUCCCUGGAGGUGGCGAGUGGGAAAGGCUUUUGCAAAGACCUGGACAAGGAUUACUACAGAAUUGCUGAUGUCAUCACCAGUUUCCUGUUGAUCAUCAUGCUGUUCAUCAUCAGCUUCAACCUCCUCCUCGGUGUGGUGAAGAAGAGGGAACAUCUCCUGAUCCCAUUCCUUGCUCUGCAAGUCAUGGACUUUCUCCUCAGCCUCCUAACGAUGCUCAAUUCCUACAUACAAAUCCCAGCAACCAUUUCUGUGUCCUCCCUUAGCCACGUGCAGGGACACUCGAAGAUCCCUUUUCUGGCUCUGCAGCUGCUGGACUUUUGCCUGAGUAUCCUCACCCUCUGCAGCUCCUAUAUGGAGGUCCCCACCUAUCUCAGCCUCAAGUCUUCAGACAAUGGGGGCUUUUUGCCAGCCCUGGAGAAGAUACCAACAGAAGAAUAUGCCAAAGUGAUGGUCACCUUCACCAUUGUGUUCAUUGCUGUCAUCUUCCUGAAGGCCUAUAUGUUCAAAUGCGUCCUAAGCUGCUUUAAGUAUGUUAAAGCCAGCAAGAGAGAGGAGGUGAAAGUUGACCCACAAGCAGCUGAAAAGGCUGUCCUGCCAUCGUAUGAGGAAGCCUUAGAGCUGCCUUCCAAAGAAUCCCCACCACCCUGUGUAGCAAUCUAAGCUAUGGUCAUGGACGGAAGAUGGUUUCUCUACUGCUGUUGGUGCCUCUUACCCCUUCUGUCAGAUAGCCAGCUUCAUUAAGAAGCCCUUACUUCAUAGCAGUAUCAUGCUUAUUACAAUCCAUCUCACUUCAUGAGCCUACAAGGAGUGCUGGUGAACCACUGGAGCUGGUGCCUUGUUCUGCACUGGCAGUUUGGACCUGGUACUAAUGAGCUGCAGUGCUGACUUUAACAAACUUGGCACCAGGCACCACAGAGGUUCCCACAACUGGCCUCUGACAUGGCUAAUGUCAAGUGUAGGCACUGGCCUGAAUCCCUUGUCAGACUAGCUUUACGCUAGAUGCUGUUUCUGUUCUGUCCAGCAUCCAGCUCAGCAGCUGAGAUGUUUAGGCAGUGGAAUGAAUGGGGUGAAAAUGGGUAAGAACCUUUUUGCUGAGAUAGUCCAACCCUGAAGUUCUGCUAACCAGCAUCUGUUAAUGAGGACCCUAUGCGAAAGCAACCAGCAAAAGAAUGAAGAUUUCAAAUGAACAACAAUGCAGCUCUCAUCCUGUCUGCUUAUGAUGAUGAUUAUUAGUGUGUACUCCAGAAUAUACAACAUGCUGGAAUUGUCACAGUAUUGCUCUGCCAUUUUAUACCUGUUGGCUUUUUUUUUUUUUUUGUGCUUUUAGUGUGACUUGAUUAGGUUCAAUUAAAAAAAUGGCUUCAAUA